AUGGAAAACACUACCAAGCAUCGCUGUGUUAUUGCCAAGACAAUUUCAGCCUUCAUUAGCUUAUAUGAACUAAAUGAUGACAAAUUGGGAAUUCUCUUCACUACGAUAUGGAGACUGUUCCAUCACCAGGAACACAAAGUUAUCAUCUUUGGGUUGGAUAAUGCAGAGAAAACUGCCAUCCUUUGCCAACUUUCCAUGAAUGAAGUUGUACGUACAUCCCCUACAACCGGAAGUAAUUUAGAAGAAAUAGUAACUAAUAAUGUGCGUUUCCUGAUAUGGGAUAUUGGCGGCCAAGAAUCUCUUUGCUCUUCCUGGAAUACUUACUAUACUGAUACAGAGUUUGUAAUAGCUGUUGUGGGCAGUGCAGACAGGAUUUCUGAAACCAGAGAAGAACUCUACAAAACCUUAGCUCAUGAGGACCUAAGGGAAGCUGGGCUGCUGGUUUUUGCUAAUAAACAAGACGUUAAAGAAUGCAUGACUAUAGCAGAAAUCUCCCAUUUUUUGAAGCUCACUGCUAUUAAAGAUCACCAGUGGCACAUCCGGGCCUGCUGUGCUCUUACUGGUCAGGGAUUACGCCAAGGGCUUGAAUGGAUGAUGUCAUGA